AUGGUAUAUGGAACAAAGGCAAUGAUGCCUGUUGAUUUUGAAUAUAAAACUUUGAGAACAGCUAUUUCCUUAGAUAUGACACUUUCUAUAGCACAAAAAGAAAGGAUCAUGCAGCUUAAUGCUUUAGAUGAACUAAGGAAAUUUUCCCUGCAGCAUACCGAAUAUGUUCAGAAUCAGCGCAUGAAGUGGCAUGAUCACUAUAUCAAGGAUAAAUCAUUCAAGUCGGGUGAUUGGGAUCUUCUCUAUGAUUCCAGGUACAAAGAUAACUUGGUAAAAUUACAAACAAAAUGGUUAGGCCCUUAUAAGAUGGUUGAAACAUUUUCUAAUGGUGUUGUCAAAUUAUCUAUGAUAGAUCCUGUUAAGUUUAAAUUGUUAGUCAACGGUCAUCAGCUACGCCUAUACCAUAAACCUCUGAGAAAAGAUGAAUUUCUAUGA